UCCUAGAGGUAAGUUUUUAUCUUUAUUCUAUGCCUAAUAAACAUGAUGUAAUAAUGCGAAGGAAAUUAGGAGCUGAACUGAGCUGAAUUGAACUGAAUUUCAAUGUAUGAGAACAGACCCUAAGUAUUGUUUUACAACAACCAAUAAAAUUAAAAUACACAAGAUUGACAAGUUGGCACUUUUAAAAGGAAGGGAGAUGAAUAGAUGUUGGGAAAAACAAAUGGGUCAUUCUUUUUGGGACUAAAAUUAGGCCAAAUGAGACGUUCAUUCAAGGACGGAGGGAGUAGGAAAAAGUAUCAUAAAAAAUAACUUAAUUAAAAAUAAGUUCGCUUUAACAAAUUGCAAAGGUUACACCCAAAAAAAAAAAAAAAAAAACCCUUCCCACACAUCACUCACACUUCAAACAUUUCAUAUGUACGUUAUUUGCCCUAGUGAUGGGGUUAUCUCAAUAAAUUUUUUUUUUUAAAAAAGAAGCUUUAGUAGACGAAAAUACCUCCUAUUACAGGUUUUUUCUAGCUAACUGGGAUCUUUCUCUCUUGAAAAUAUUUAAAAAAAAAAAAACUUUUCAUGCAUCUCGCUGACAACCUCCUCAUCGAUGACGGUGCUCUGAAUUUUUCACUAGAUAAAUCAAUGAGCAAAAAGAGUUGCAUCAUAUCUGCGAAAAACCUGACCAUUGUUUGGGGUGAUACACCAAAAUAUUGGACAUGGCAUUCUGAUCCUAACUCGAGGUUUUCUGAAGUAGCAGAACUUGUUACUGUCUGCUGGCUUGAAAUCAAAGGGAAUAUAAAAACAUCAAUGUUAUCUCCAAACAUAGAUUAUGCUGCUUAUCUUGUGUACAAGAUGCAGAGCAAAGCGUACGGGUUUUACUCCCCGGCUGAGGUAACACUUUCGACUGCUGAAGGCAAAGGCGAAACUGACAAAUUCUAUUGGGAGUCCAAGGAGAGGUACGAUAUUGUACCUAGGCGUUUCAACCAGUUCAUGUCUCCUGUGUCAUGGACUCAGUUGACGACGACUAAAAGAGAGAUUGAUUGUCAAGCAAAGCUUCCGAAGCAUAGAUCAGAUGGAUGGCUCGAGAUCAAAAUUGGGGAGUUUUCGACUGGGAGAGAUGAUGAUGAAGAAGUGGAGAUGCAAGUGUUGGAUAUCAAGGGUGGGAAUUGGAAAGGUGGUUUGGUUGUUGAAGGAAUUGAGAUUAGACCAAGUAUUGCCUAGGAAUAAAAGGGAGGGAAAAUACAUCAACUAGUUUUAUUGUUUUAAUUGCUUGAUAUAUAUCAUACGAAGUAUAUGUUACCAAAUGUGACAAUUUGCAUGAUCAUUUGGGAGAUUUUAUGUUGUGAUUAUAUGAUGUUCCUUGA